AUGUUUAUGGUACGUGGAAAUGGUGGGCACGGUUCGAUAGCGACAAACGGGAAUGUAAUGGAGGGGGUUCAAAAACUUAUUAACAACAUAAUGGAAUUCCGAAAGGAACAAAAUGAGAUAAAAAGUAAGAAAGAUGCAAUAGAUUUUGGCGCAUACACUUCAGUAAAUAUUAAUAUGAUCGAGGGUGGUGUGGCACCGAACGUAGUUCCAACAGAAGUAGCUUUAGUGAUGGAUAUGCGACUAUCGGUCUCAGCAGACGUUAAUAAUACGCAAAAUAUGAUCGAUUCCUGGUUGAAUGAACUUGGAUAUAACUCUACAAUGAAGUACAUAAGACGGGUGGAAUAUUCUCCUGCGACAGCUGUUGAUGAUUCUAACCCGUAUUGGAUUGCGAUGCAAGAGACAAUGAAUGAAUUAGGCGUAGCCCUACAAGAGAUUGUGAGCUCUCCCGCUUCUGACAUGAUAAUGAUUCGAAGCAAAGGUAUACCAGCAUUUGGAUUUACUACAAAGACGAAUACUAAGAUUAGGGCGCACAAUAUUGAUGAAUACAUCAAUUUAAAUACCUUCUUGGAAGGCAUAGAUGUCUAUGUUGCCCUUUUGAAAAAGAUUUGUAAUCUACCUGAAUUUAGUAAACAAGAAAUAUAGAACUUAUAUCGUAUCAAGAUUACAUUAAAUUAAAACGUAUCAGUUUAACAAUUUAAAAUUAAAAUUGGUACCUCUGAAAGUGUAACAAAAAAAAACAGAAGUAUAAUAAUAAACCCAGAAAUAGUAAUAUACUCAAUUAAGCAAUGAGUAAA